CAACACUGGUCACGGCACAUACGGACAUACGAAGCAAAAGCAAGCAGAUAAAUUUUCGUACACUUCUUCUGUUGAUUAUUUGUGAAACCAGUGGUAUCAGCUGCUCAAAAAUGUCUGACUGGGAUACAGUCACGAUUUUACGUAAAAAACCGCCGAAAGCGUCGGCUUUAAAGACUGAACAAGCCGUCAAUGCGGCACGCCGUCAAGGUUUACCAGUUGAAACUCAACAAAAAUAUGGAGCUGGGACGAAUAAACAACACGUUACCACUAAAAACACGGCGAAACUGGACAGGGAGACAGAAGAAUUGCGUCAUGAUAAAAUACCCCUUGACUUGGGAAAGCUUAUAAUGCAAGGGAGACAAUCUAAAGGCAUGAGUCAAAAAGAUUUGGCAACUAAAAUAUGCGAGAAACCUCAAAUUGUUAACGAUUACGAGGCCGGUCGUGGUAUCCCAAACAACAUUGUUCUUGGUAAAAUCGAAAGGGCAAUUGGAAUAAAACUUCGUGGAAAAGAACGAGGCCAACCGCUCCAGCCUCCUGGAGGAAAGAAAUAACGGAUUCCCUGGGAGGCGAAGACUUAUCUCCGAUUUGUUUAUUGCAUAAUUAUAAUUCUAUCUCAUUUUUGCUGUUGAAUGUGUUCUUUAUUAAUGUAUACUUACAAAAACUAACUAAGUAAAUGAUGUAAGCAUUUAUUUUCCUCUGGAAUGUUCCAUCUGUGAUGUGUUACCACCAAGGAAAAACGCUAAGUUCACAAUAUUCACGUAGGAUUUGGAGAUUGUGGUGGAGUGGUGAUGUGAUAUGCAAUAAAAAAAUAGCUAUUUAUGAAUACUAUGUUUUAUUUUAUAUUAGUGUGCAUUGUAAUUUGAAUUAAAUGUUGCAGUCGUUGCGAUUUGAUA